GGUUGUGGUUACGCCCCUUUCCAGAUGGAGACCAGUGCGCUGCAAGGACGGUCUCGUGCGCGCAGUGGACGCUCUUAAUUCACCGGCAAGGAUUCGCUUCACAUCUUUUCUCGGAGCUCCAGCUCCAGUUCCAGUGACAAGGCGGGCGAGUUCGAGUUCCUGUUUUAUAUUUAGUGAACUAAUUGCCUAUACUCGCCAGCGUUCAUCUCGAGGUUGUCUUUUUGAAAAAAUAAAAAAAUCUUCAGCACCAAACGGGAUACAGUGAAACGAUGAAAAGUUGAGUGCGUCAAACUUCUACUACAUGCCAUCCCUCCGCUGCCAUUGGUCCUUGCACAGUUGCUGCGGAAUCUCUAGGAUGACUGUGAGGGAAAGGUGGAGGAUAUACAGAAGGCUGAGCCUGAUGUUCUUCCUGGCUGUGGUGACUGUGACAAUGGUCCAGAGAGGGAACAUCAGCACUGGGCUUCAGUUUGAGAUGGAGAGGCAGCACCCCCAGCCAGAGGCAGUGUCCAGUGGGGCACGCCAGAAGAGGGGAGUCUACUUGAAGGAGAACAGCUUUUGGAAAGCGAGGAAGCCGAAGCAGGAGCACACCACAGAACCCCCCUGGACGAUGGAGGCCCGAGGGGCGCAGACCUGGGACGUCACGUCCGCCAACUGCACCGCCAACCUGAACUUCUCCGGCACGGAGUGGUUCGCCGGCCUAGAGCCAAACUUCAAGCAGUUCCUGCUCUACAGACACUGCAGGUAUUUCCCCAUGAUCAUGAACCACCCGGAGAAGUGCCAAGGCGAGGUGCACCUGCUGAUCGUCGUCAAGUCCGUCAUCACUCAGCACGACCGUAGGGAAGUCAUCCGGAACACUUGGGGGAAGGAGCAGGAGAUUGACGGGAAGAGGAUAAAGACCCUCUUCCUCCUGGGGACCUCGUCCAAUGAGGUGGAGAAGGCCAACCACCAGAAGCUCCUGGAGUAUGAGGACCAAAUCUAUGGCGACAUCCUGCAGUGGGAUUUCAUGGACAGCUUCUUCAACCUCACGCUUAAGGAGACCAGCUUCCUCAAGUGGUUCUCCACGUACUGCAGCCAGGUGCGUUACAUAUUCAAGGGGGACGAUGACGUCUUCGUCAACAUCCAGAACAUCUUUGAGUUUCUGGGAGACACUGGAAUGAGAAACCUCUUUGUGGGAGAUGUUCUUUUCAAGGCCAAGCCUAUUCGAAAGAAGGAAAACAAAUACUACAUCCCCCAGGCAUUGUACAACAAGACCUACUACCCUCCAUAUGCCGGUGGAGGUGGGUUCCUAAUGGACGGUCCCCUGGCCAGGAAGCUCUACGGGGCUUCGGAAACCUUAGACCUGUACCCCAUUGAUGACGUCUUCCUAGGCAUGUGUCUGGAAGUGGUCCAGGUGUCCCCCAUUAAACACAAUGCUUUCAAGACCUUCGGCCUGGUGAAAAACAAGAGCAGCAAAUUGAACAAAGAGCCUUGCUUCUUCAAGAGCAUGAUCGUGGUCCACAAGCUUCUUCCCCCAGAUCUCUCGCACAUGUGGGAGCUUGUUAACAGCGACCUUGUCUGUGCACAGAAAGUGGAAAUCUUAUAGCAUGUGCAAAUUUGCCUUGAAGAGAUUAAUGAACAAAUGCACAGGGGGUGGCUGCUCAUUUGGUUGAUUGGGCUGAACAUUAACUUUGAGUUCAUUCAAAGACAAGUUGGUACUCCUUGUUUUGGAGAAGACCUGGAGGUGUUUUAAACAUUAUUUUUUUAAUGUACUGUAUCAGUUGUUAGAAGAAAAAAGACAAAGAAACAUACAAGAAGGAAGUUUUUCAAUCAAACUUCUUUUGAUUUAUUAUUUAUAUUUCAGUGACAAUUGAGAGCAUUUGAGGAACUUCACUGUUGCAGUGCAUUUUAGACUGUGACUGUUGUUUCUGACCAAUUUAGUGAGGUUGUUAAUUGCUGACAUGAGGGGGUCUUGUGCUAAGACUGUAUGCUGCAUAGAGAGGUAGCAGCUCAAUUUGAAUAAAAAAUGAAAAUGGCAGAAAAAGCAUCAGACCAAGAACUGACCCACACAAACCUUUUGCUAGGAUUCAAUCAGCAUAUGUGCA